CGCAGCGAGCCCACUCUUCACCCCCAGCAAUUGAAUGCGUCUGGACUGAGGACCAGCCGUCUUUCUUUCCUCUCCUCGAACCUCCCCCUCAAUCUCCUCAUGGCCGCCUCGUUCGCCCGCCUCGCGGGCAAUGCGCCCAAAAGACUCUGUCUCCGCCCCUCCAACUUGAUCAACACAUCGGUGCCACGAUCCCGCUCCAUUGCGACUACUGUUCCUCGCCGACAUGCCGAGGCCACUAGCUACCAGGCUACGAGGCUCGUUCCGACCGACCCGACCUUCACUCACUUCGCCAACAAGGGGUCUCCCGAGGACCCAGAGGCUGCUGCUCUCGAGUCCGAGGCCGAAGGCAUUGACCGCAAGAUCCGUCACUACACUGUCAACUUCGGUCCUCAGCAUCCUGCUGCUCACGGUGUGCUCCGAUUGAUUCUGGAGCUCAAUGGCGAGGAGAUCGUUCGCGCCGAUCCCCACGUCGGUCUGCUUCACCGUGGUACGGAGAAGUUGAUUGAGUACAAGACUUAUAUGCAAGCCCUGCCUUACUUCGACCGAUUGGACUACGUCUCCAUGAUGACCAACGAGCAGUGCUUCUCCCUGGCCGUUGAGAAGCUCCUCAACAUCGAGAUCCCCGAGCGUGCCAAGUGGAUUCGAACCCUGUUUGGCGAGCUCACCCGUGUCCUGAACCACCUCAUGUCCGUCCUUUCCCACGCCAUGGACGUCGGUGCCCUGACUCCCUUCCUGUGGGGUUUCGAGGAGCGUGAGAAGCUGAUGGAAUUCUACGAGCGUGUUUCUGGUGCCCGUCUCCACGCUGCCUACGUUCGCCCCGGUGGUGUCUCCCAGGACAUUCCUCUCGGCCUUCUGGAUGAUAUCUACCAGUGGGCCACCCAGUUCGGUGACCGUAUCGAUGAGACUGAGGAGCUGCUUACGGAUAACCGUAUCUGGAAGGCCAGAACCCAGGGUGUUGGUGUCGUUAACGCUGCUGAUGCUCUGAACAUGUCCUUCACUGGUGUCAUGCUCCGUGGCUCCGGUGUUCCCUGGGAUAUCCGCAAGUCUCAGCCUUAUGAUGCCUACGACCAGGUCGAGUUCGAUGUUCCCGUUGGUGUCAACGGUGACUGCUACGACCGUUACCUGUGCCGUAUGGAGGAGUUCCGUCAGUCUCUCCGCAUUAUCCAACAGUGCCUGAACAAGAUGCCCGCUGGUCCCGUCCGCGUCGAGGACUACAAGAUCAUGCCCCCUCCUCGUGCUGCCAUGAAGGAGAACAUGGAGGCUUUGAUUCACCACUUCUUGCUCUUCACUAAGGGUUACUCCGUUCCCCCCGGUGAGACCUACUCCGCCAUUGAGGCUCCCAAGGGUGAGAUGGGUGUCUUCUUGGUCAGUGACGGUAGCGAGCGUCCCUACCGCUGCAAGAUUCGUGCUCCCGGCUUUGCCCAUCUGGGUGGCUUUGACCAGGUUUCUCGUGGUCACCUGCUGGCCGAUGCGGUCGCUAUUAUCGGUACCAUGGAUCUGGUGUUCGGUGAGGUUGACCGGUAAAAGCACCACGCGCAACGCAAUAUCCAAAUUUAAAAUCCGAAAAAAACCGGAAGAAGACUUCGAUAUGGCCCCCUUUUUAGACGGCUCUUAUGCCAUGUUGGGGGUUAAAAACCAGAGAGGAGGAAUCCUCACGUCCUCUAUGUGAUAACCCUUGGACCCCUUGACUCUAACCCAGGUGUACCAAAUUCUCCCAUGUUUUCUUCUCAUGGCGUUGUUUCUAUUAUGUCUUGUCCCUCCCCUUUGUCUCCUCCUUUCCUGCCUCCUACCUCCUAUUAGGCCCCUGUGUAUAGUGACCAUCUGAUUAUUCUGAGC